AUGAUUCUAGUGAAGAUGAAGAAUCUCCGCCACCGCUCACUAUCAAAACUACUGAAAUAUUUACUAGAAAACGAAGUUGAUAGGGCGAUACGGCAACCCAAUCAAGAAGUCUUAUCGCUCAGUCAUUUCAAAGGUCAUUGUGCAACGUCUCUUUUUCCGGAAAUUGAUGCCGAAGAAGAAGAUUCAAAGGACAAGCCAAAUAGAGAUGCUAAGCAGUUGCCAAACCUGGACAAGAAGAUAAAAUCUGAAUUUGAUCCCUGUCCGCGCUUUUCUGGAGGCUUACUAAGAGGCCGCGGUGAGGUAGAAUGUGAUCUGGAAAUCAAUAACAUUAAAGUAAGAUUUACCGUACAUAUAGCAGAGACUGACAUGCAGAAUAUUCACUUAUUGAUCAGCCAACCAGUUAUUAAUGCUGAUCGCAUGUCACUUGUGGUGACUAAUAAGACGGCAUCAUUAAGAUUGGAACUCGAUCCAUUAGCAGAAUUUCAGGCGAUUGAAGAUGUCCAGAAAAUUAGGUGUAAAAUUUGUAAACGCAAGCAUCAUUCUCUGCUCCACCCUCCGAGUGUAGUACAGGAGACGGAGAAUGUUGAGUCCAAUGAUGGAGGUGUAGUAGUUUCAGCAACCACAGCACAACUUUGUGAGAACAAAGCUACAGUAAGUACCUGUUUUCCAAAUAGUUAUAGUCAAGUUCUCUUGGCUACAGCUAUUGUUGAGGUAGAAUCGAGAACGGGUAAUACUAGUUUAGCUUAUAGAUGCUUGUUGGAUCAAGGCUCACAGGCUUCGUUGAUCACGGAGUCUGCUGUCCAAGCUCUUGGACUGAAAAAGAUGCCCAACAAGGUCUACAUUUCUGGAAUUGGGGGUAGGAAUGAUUCUUUAGCUUAUGCGUCAGUCGUUGAAAUCAAGCUAAAGUCAAUUCAUAAUCCUCAGUAUUCUUUGGUCGUCAAAGCCCAUGUUCUUACCAAGCUGACAUCUUUUCUUCCCGCAAAGAAGAUAAAUGUUCAAUUGCAGCCAGCAUUAGCUCAGUUAAAGUUAGCUGACCCGAAGUUUGACGUACCAAAUAAGAUAGACUUAUUACUUGGUGCAGAAGUAUAUAGCCAGAUUUUAGUCGAGGGCCUUAUCAAGGGUCCUCCCGGGUGUCCUGUAGCCCAGAACACUCAUUUGGGAUGGAUCUUAUCUGGUCAAAUUCACUCAGAUCAUGUUGAUUCUGAGUCGUGCCAAACUAAUAGUGUCAUCAUCAAUAUGCAUACCCAGUGUAAUGACAAUGAUCUUUUGCGAAAGUUCUGGGAGUUAGAAUCAGACGAUCUUUCUGUUAAGAAGAAGAUGCUUACUGGUGAUGAACAGAAGUGUGAGGAGAUUUUUAGAAACACCGUUACCAGAGAUGAUCACGGACGUUAUAUAGUGAAACUUCCCUUUCGUAAUGCAAACCCAAUCUGUAAGAAAGGAAAUUUUAAAGAUAUAGCCACUAAGAGACUUUACCAGUUAGAAAAAAGAUUAUUAAAAAAUAAAGAAUUAAAAGAACAGUAUACAAAAGUAAUAAAAGAGUACUUACAUCUUAAUCACAUGGAGAUAGUUCCUGAAGAGCAGCGUAAUAAAUCGGAUGUGGUAUAUUUGCCGCACCAUACCGUAGUACGUAAGGAUAAGUUAACAUCUAAAGUAAGGGUUGUUUUUGACGCCUCCUGCUCUGGAACUAAUGGAGUAAGUCUGAACAAUGAACUCUUAGUUGGUCCACCUCUUCAGAACACUUUGAGACACAUUGUUAUGAGAUGGCGAAAACAUCCUGUUUGUUUGGUGGCAGACAUCGUUAAGAUGUAUCGACAGGUAAAGGUGACACGGGAGGAUGCAGAUGACUUUCAGCGUAUUUUGUGGCGCGAUGAUUCUGGAAUAAUUCAACAUUAUCGAAUGUUACGUGUAACUUUUGGUACUGCGUCUGCUCCUUACCUUGCUGUAAGAGUCUUGCAGCAAGUAGCUCACGAUGAAGGUAAAAAUUACCCUGUUGCUGCGGAUAAAAUUUUAAAUGACUUUUACGUGGACGAUCUUAUGACUGGCUGCCAAACUGUCGAAGAGUGCCUGAAAAUAAAAGAAGAUAUUAGUAACAUAUUAAAGAAGGGAGGAUUUGCAUUGCAGAAAUGGGCAAGCAAUAAGAAGGAGUUUAUGGAGAAAAUUGGAAAAGGAAGAGAAGUAAAGGAGUCAAGGUUAAAUAUAGGAGAAGUAAAGGAAACAGAAGCUAUACAGAAAGUGUUAGGACUUACCUGGAAUAGUUGCACUGAUGAGUUUGAAUAUAGUGUCCAACUACCACAACUGGAAGUACCAGUAACAAAGAGGAGAGUAAUAUCGGAUAUUUCGCGAUUAUUCGAUCCUUUAGGGUGGAUAUCUCCAACUAUUGUAACAUCUAAAGUUUUUAUUCAAAAACUUUGGAUGUCAGGAAUAGAUUGGGACCAAGAACUACCUUCUUCUUUGUUACAGGAAUGGCUUACUUACCGGUCAAAUUUAGAAAGUCUUACAAAUUUCCGCAUACCUCGCUGGAUUCACACAAAUGCUGACGAUAAAGAAGUAGAGCUGCACGGAUUUAGUGAUGCGUCUAAUUACGCAUAUGCUGCAGUAGUAUAUGUCGGAGAAGUAGUCGGGGAUCUAGCCAACAAGACCAGGUUUAAGGAUACGCAUGGUGGCCAACCAGCGUUUUAG